CCCUCUCCGGUGGCUCUCUUCUCGGACGUUAGGGGUGGUUUAGGGUUCGGGUUCCCGAGUCGGACUCACUGUUGCGACGGUGUUACGAGGACGGCUUGGCUGGGUUUUUUCUUUCUCCCACCAGGAAAAGGGGACGCUGUGAACUUUGAUGUAUCUAAUCGUUCCUUGAGCUUGAAUCUUGCUGUGCAAUGGAGAGUCGUCCCGUUACGAUCGCUUGGGCUGCGUUGUUGGCCAUGAUGGUACUACUCACGGUUACGGUUAUUGGAGGAGGUGUGAUCGACGGGCAUUGGCCAUUUCAAUCGAGUCUAAUGGCUUCUAAGGGAGGAGAUAGACUGAAGAAUUCUGCACAGCACCGGAAGCUACUUCGUCGUGCGUCAGCAAUGGAAGAACCGAACAGGAUGUGGGGGGAGAGAUGUAGCAGGGCCGAUAUAGUGAUAAACCAAGGACCGACGUCUCCACUCCCCAGCGGCAUUCCCACCUACACCGUGGAGAUCGUGAAUGCAUGCGUCACCGGGUGUGACAUCAGUCACAUUCACCUCAACUGUGGCUGGUUCAGCUCCGCCCGUCUCAUCAACCCGAGGAUCUUCAAGCGCCUUCGCUACAACGACUGCCUCGUCAACGACGGCAAGCCCUUGACCAAUGGGGACACCCUUUCCUUUCAAUACGCCAACACUUACUCUUACCCUCUAUCUGUCUCUUCCGUCGUGUGCUCUUGAGGAUAGGGGAAGACAAUAUCUCACGUUUACAACAAUUCAGUGUUCAUAGAAUACGGCGUUUUAGUUUACUUGCUUUAGUUUGUAUGUUUGUUGGUGCCACUGACUUUGUGGAGCUUUUUGCUUGCUUGCUUGCUUGGCAUGGUGGUUGAGUGGUAAAUACUAAAUAGGGGUCAGCCUUGUAUUUUGGUCCGGGCGGGGAGGCUAGGACACGGCAGACUGUGCUGCCGGAGCUACAAUGAUCUUUCUGUUUGGGCUCGGGGGGGUUGAUUUUGCAAAGAUUCCAUUUUGUGGGGCGCAGAGUGUAAAUAGCUUGAAACAAGAACCUGUGAUUACAGAAUGCUGUCUUGUUUGUUGAUGAGGGAUUUAAUGAUGAUAUUUUUUU